UCCAUGGCAACUUCAAUGCUGGCUCUUGAUUGGUUAUCCAUCAAUCAAGCUUGUGUUUGAGCAGCCUUUAAAUAAGUAAUUUCCUAUGGCAGUUUCUCAUAAACGUCUGUUUCUCUGCUGGAAAUCCUGACCUAUCUAGUUAGUCUGAGACUGUUUCUAUCUUCACCAUCAUGGUCGAGCAGUUUGUCGGGACCUGGACUCUGACUGCCAGCGAGAAUUUUGAUGAAUACAUGAAGGCAAUCGGUGUGGGCUUCGCCACCCGGCAGAUGGGCAACAUGGCAAAGCCUGAUCUGGUGAUUGGCGUGGACGAUGCAGGGCUAGUUUCAAUUACGUCUAAGUCUACUUUCAAGACCACGGAGAUCAAGUUCAAGCUGAGCGAAGAAUUCGACGAGACGACUGCAGACGGCCGAAAGACCAAGACCAUAGUCACGUUUGAGAAUGGAAAGCUGGUGCAGCAACAGACGUGGGAUGGAAGGAAAACAACGCUGGAACGAGAAAUUCAAGAUGGAAAACUAACGGCUAAAUGUAUCAUGGAUGACGUGGUUGCAGUGAGGACCUAUGAGAAAGGAGCGUAAUUAAACCUCCAAAGGUAUUUGGACUUGACCCCCUGAGCUACUGUCAAACAUGCCAAUAAAGUCUGAACUGUGACACUUCAA